AUGUCCACCCGACCCGCCGACCAGGAGCUCAACCGAGAGACUCUUGAUGCCGUCCUCAAGCGACGGUUCUUCUACGCCCCAGCCUUUGAGAUCUACGACGGUGUUUCCGGUCUUUACGACUACGGCCCGCCUGGAUGUGCUCUCCAGACCCGAAUCAUCGACACGUGGCGAGAUCACUUUGUGCUCGAGGACGACAUGCUCGAGGUCGACACCACCAUGCUGACUCCCCACGAGGUUCUGAAGACCUCUGGCCACGUGGACAAGUUUGCCGACUGGAUGUGCCGAGAUCUGGCCUCCGGCGAGAUUUUCCGAGCCGACCAUCUGGUCGAGGAGGUGCUCGAGGCCCGACUCAAGGGAGACAAGGAGGCCCGAGGCAUCAAGGAGGACGUUGUUGAGGACGAGUCCGCCAAGAAGCGAAAGAAGAAGGUCAAGGAGAUUGUGGCCAUCAAGCUCGAUGACAAUGUUAAGGAGGAGUACGAGACCAUUCUUGCCAAGAUUGACGGUUUCUCCGGCCCCGAGCUUGGUGAGAUCAUGGACAAGUAUAAGAUCGUCAACCCUGUCACCGGCGGUCCCCUUGAGAAGCCCAUGGAGUUCAACCUCAUGUUCGAGACUGCCAUCGGCCCCUCCGGUAAGCUCAAGGGCUUCCUGCGACCCGAGACCGCCCAGGGCCAGUUCCUCAACUUCAACAAGCUGCUGGACUGCAACAACACCAAGAUGCCCUUCGCCUCUGCCUCCAUUGGUAAGUCUUUCCGAAACGAGAUUUCCCCCCGAUCCGGUCUGCUGCGAGUCCGAGAGUUCACCAUGGCCGAGAUUGAGCACUUUGUCGACCCUCUGGACAAGGACCACCACCGAUUCGACGAGGUCAAGGACGUCAAGCUGCGAUUCCUCGCCAAGGAUGUCCAGUCCGCUGGUAAGACCGACAUCCAGGAGAUGACCAUCGGCCAGGCCGUUGAGACCGGUCUCGUUGACAACAAGACCCUCGGAUACUUCCUUGCUCGAAUCUACCUGUUCCUGAUCAAGAUUGGUGUCAACCCCGACCGACUCCGAUUCCGACAGCACAUGUCCAACGAGAUGGCCCACUACGCCACCGACUGCUGGGAUGCCGAGCUGCACACCUCCUACGGCUGGAUCGAGUGUGUUGGCUGUGCUGACCGAUCUGCCUACGAUCUGUCUGUGCACGAGGCCCGAACCAAGGUCAAGCUGCAGGUUCAGCAGAAGCUCGACGCUCCUCUCGUCGAGGACAAGUUUGUCUGCGAAUACGACAAGAAGAAGUUUGGUCCUCUGCUCAAGAAGGCCGCCAAGCCCGUCGAGGAGUGGUUCGAGUCCCGAACCCAGUGCGAGCUUGAGGAUCUUGCCAAGGCUCUUGAGGCCGGCAAGAUUGUCCUGCCCGAGAUUGAGGGUGUCGAGGUUGCCGGCACCGAGCUUGACAAGUCUCACAUCAAGAUUGAGAAAAAGACCAUCACCACCCACGUUCGAGACUACACUCCCAACGUCAUCGAGCCUUCUUUCGGUAUCGGACGAAUCCUUUACUCUCUGAUCGAGCACUGCUUCUGGACUCGACCCGAGGACGCCUCCGGAGCCAAGGGUGUGCUUUCUUUCCCUCCUCGAAUUGCCCCCACCAAGGUUCUUGUUGUUCCUCUCUCUUCCCAGAAGGAGCUGGCCCCCUUCACUCAGGAGGUCUCCAAGAAGCUGCGACAGGCCCGAAUCUCCGCCAAGGUCGACGACUCUUCUGCCUCUAUCGGUAAGCGAUACGCCCGAAACGACGAAAUGGGAACUCCCUUCGGUAUUACCGUCGACUUCGACACUGUCAAGGACAACUCUGUCACCCUCCGAGAGCGAGACUCCACUCGACAGGUUCGAGGCUCCAUCGACGCCGUCAUUGCUGCCAUCAACGUCAUGACCGCCGACGAUGUUGCCUGGGAGGAGGCCACCAAGGACCUCACUCCUUUCGAUUCCACCGACAAGGAGUAA